UUCACUUGUAUCUCCUGAGUAAAGAGGGGAAAAAAAGAAAAAAAAAGGAACUCAUUUUUUUUAGAGACUUCAGUCGGUUUCAGGCAACGAGAGAGAGAAGAUGCAGAGAGGGCUCCAGGAUAAGGAUAGGGUUUCGAAUCAUGGAUUCGCCUGAAAACAACCGGAUCGUCACUACAUCAUCAUCAUCUCCCCCCGUUCAAGAUUCUCCCUUCUUCAAUUACCUUAGCAAUCUGUCACCUAUAAAGACAGUCAAGACUGUACGUGUUGCACAAGGGUUUUCAGAGAUUAAUUUUUCUGCUCCAGCACCUGUUUUUACCUCACCUCGCAUCAAUACUAAGCGUGAAGCAAGCUUCCUGAAGAGGCCCCAAUAUUUUCACUCAUCAAAUACAGAGUUUUCUCAGAAUGAUGAUAGAGUCAAGAUGCUUAUAGCAAGUUCAGAUGUGUCUGGACCAUCUAUUACUGAACCAAUGGUUGAUAUAAGCAAUAAUAUUCAGAAAAAAUGUGAUAGCAAUGACUCUCCACAGGUUCAUUCAUGCAGUCCUUCAGGGUACAUUGAUGAAUAUCUGGCUGAUCAUGUGGAUGCGGAUUCUCCAAAUUCAGCUGAUUCACAUUUGAAACAAUCUAAUGAUACACCUCAACAAAUACAAAAUCAAUGUACCAGCUCAGAAGAAACUGUCGUAAAGUCUGACAUUGAGAUUGAUGCCAAGAAAGAUACAGAUUCUAGAGCUUUGGCAUGUGAGACCUCUUUAGAGAAAAGUGGAAGGAACUAUCUAGGGAGGUCAUUGUUGCCUAUUAAAUUAGUUGAAACCAAAGACAAACAAAAAGAUGCUGAAAGGUUGUCCAAUGAGUCUCCAUGUUUAUUGUCCGAGCAAGUCAAUGAUUUUGUUGAAUCAGAUUUGUCUCCUGAACUUGCUUCUGCUACAGAGAACGAUGAAAACUUAGUGGACCAGGUUUCUACAGAAUCUACCUUCAUAAAAUCAAAGAAAACGGAGCAUGAAACUGUGGGUCUUGAGUCUCUUGACAAUGAAAGGUCUACUUUGUCCAUAAGUGUUUGUCACAAUAAAUCUCAAAAAGUUAAGCUGCAGAAUACGGAGGUGAGGAAACAGGACAAAUGGGAUUGUACUACUGAGGUGCUGAAUGAAUCAUUGCAUAUUGCUCAGGCAGAUGAAGAUCAUGAUAAGAACUCAGGAGUAAUAUCAAGGAGAUCUUUUGAGAAAAAGAUGCCACAAGAUCUUGAGGCUGCCAGUCAAAACCGUGGCACCCGUAGGCGUUGCCUUCAAUUUGAGGCAGCUGAGGCUCAAAGGAACAUUCUUGGGACCAGCCAUAGUUGCAACUCGGAGAACAGUAUGGACAAUUUGCAGUUACCUGCUAUUUUGGAGAUUCUGGAUUCAUCUCAUCUCAAAUCAAGUGCGACUUCUAGCAUGAGGCAACCGGUCAAGUUAUCCCAGCCUAUAACUUCCAGGUUGUCUCGUUGUGCAGUUGAAAAUACAGAAGCCCAUGUAGAUAAUGUUGAUAGAUUUGUUCAAAAGAGUGGAAAUGCUCUCUUGUCUGUUCCUAGGCCAUCUGGUAUUGGCUUGCACCUAAAUAGCAUUGUUAAUGCUGCUGCGAUGGGCUCUAGUGCAACUGCAAGCAUGAAAUUCACUGAAAGGGAACAUCCUAGAAUAUUAGAGGCGAAGUCAGAGGCUGUUAUUGACCACCACUUACCCGAAGACUCAAAGAUGAUCUCUCUUGCAACAAAUACAGUUGAGAACUUUUCAGCUAAUACUUCUGAUGAUCAACAAGAAAGUCUGGCUAUAGUGGUGGUCCCUUCACAGAAGUUGAAGGUUGCUGAGCAUCACAUGACUCCUGAUGCGAAAAGGUCUGCCUCAGAGAAUGCUGAUAGGUUUGAGGAGAUAAACCAACUGAGCCCCAAAAAGAAGAGGAAGAGGGCAUCACACACAAUUGAGAAGGAGGGUUGCAAGCGUUGCAAUUGUAAGAGGUCAAAAUGCUUGAAACUUUACUGUGAGUGCUUUGCAGCUGGAGUAUAUUGUGCAGAACCUUGUGCAUGCCUAGAGUGUUUCAACAAGCCUGAGUAUGAGGACACAGUUCUUGGGACCCGACAACAGAUUGAAUCCCGCAACCCACUUGCAUUCGCUCCAAAGAUUGUACGGCAUGUGACUGAAUCUCCAGCAAACACUGGGGAAGACGGUAACAGGAUGACACCAUCUUCUGCCAGGCACAAAAGAGGAUGUAACUGCAAGAAAUCAAUGUGUCUAAAAAAGUAUUGUGAGUGCUAUCAGGCUGGUGUUGGAUGCUCUGAUGGAUGCCGAUGUGAGGGGUGCAAAAAUGUUUUUGGUGUGAAGGAAGGAUAUGGUGAAAUCACAGAAAUGGUAUACAAAAGGGCUGGAGAAAGAUGGGAGGAUACAUCUAGUGAGAAGCUGGAUAAGGAGACAAUACAUGAUAUUUUAGACCCGGAGCAGUUUCAUCCACACAACCUAUCACCCCUCACACCAUCAUUUCAGUACUCAAGCCAUGGGAAAGAUGCAUCAAAAUCCAGGCUUCCUGCUAUAAGAUGUCUCCCCUCACCAGAAUCUGAUUCAAUUGUUUUAUCAUCUUACGGAAAGUCCCCGGUAUCUCCACUAAAAUCAAACAGCAAUGAAAGAAGACAAAAAAUGAGUGGAGACAAUUUCUCAACCUCUUCAGUUUCAUCCAAUUCCAGAGACUGUACCAAGGUUUCAAGAACCCAACUAUGUCAUGGAAGUGGCCGUUUGUCAGCAAUAGGUUCCCUUCGAUGGCGGAGUUCACCGAUCACUCCUAUUUCUAGGUUAGGUGGCUGUGAGCUACCCCAAGAGUCUGAUUCUGAUAACAGGCUAUUUGACAUCCUGGAGGAUGACACACCUGAUAUACUGAAGGACACUCGGACACCCAUCAAGGCAGUGAAAGCAAGCUCCCCGAAUCAGAAGCGAGUUUCUCCUCCUCACAGUCGCUUGCAUGAGUUGAGGUCAAGCUCUUCUCCUGGCUUGAAAAGUGGGCGCAAGUUCAUAUUGCAGGCUGUACCUUCAUUUCCUCCUCUUACUCCAUAUAGUGAACCUAAAUGUAGUGGCACUGGAAAGUGAGUUAUGCACAUGAGAUGAGGGUCCUGUAGGUUAUUAUAGUUUGGGUAGCCAGGCAAUGGUUGAACUCAGAAUGGCAUCAUUUACAACAAGGAACUGCAGCAUUUCAAACAUCAAAGAAUGGUAGUAGGACUGGAUACCAGCAGCACUUGUAAACUUCCCCAUAUUUAUCAAUAGUGCUCUGUGCUUGUUUUAUCAGCAAGGAAAAUGGUAACUCAUGUAGACAAUUGUCCAAAAGUUUAAUGUGCUAGAGUGGGCAAAUAUGGUGACAGUGCAAGUAUCAUCAUUUGUCAACCAUUUUUUUCCUGUUAUUGUCCUUGAUAUUGUUUUUUCUUCAUUCGGACGUUUAUUUGUUGAUUUGCUUCCUUCUCGCUGAUGAAAGAGAUAGACUAAUUUUCAUGAAGUUAGUCCUCAUGCCUUGGGUGGUCAAAAUAAAUUCUCAUUUUAAGCUCAAACAUUUAUAUUCUUUUA